AUGAUUGUCCCUCGUUUUCAUCAGCCACAGCGAUUGAUUUUGUCGGUCUUGGUGCUCUCGGGUGUCUGUUCCAAGUUACUGCACAUAUAUCAACAUCGCUCGCUGCCACUGUCGCUGUUGGCCCUAUAUUUCCCGACAUUCUUCAUUCAAGAGAUCCUUCUCUUCGUCACAGUAUGGAUUCUAUUACAUACAACGUCCGGCCGGUGGUCGGUGGCCGCCGUAAUUGGAUCGGCAUUUAUCGCAUGCACUGAUCUGUUAGCAACCUCGUCGCAGGUCAGUUUUUACUCUCAAACCGGAAGCGAGAUUCGAUGGGAUGCUGCCCGGUCUGUGGGGGCCAGCCGCCAAGGGAUGAACUUGAUUCUGAGCGGGCUGGCCCCCAUGGUGGCUACCGCCACAGUCCUUUCCGUGGCUUCUUGGCUAGCGGCUCAAGGGAUCUGGAAUCUCAUGAGCCGCUGGCUAACCUCUCUCGCCCAUCUGGGGGAUGCAAAGAUAUACCACCAACUUCCCGGACCUUCGGACUUGAGAAGUCUGGUGUCUAACAAGUCGAGACUUUGGACGCUCAUCGCGAGUGGUGUGACUAUCAUUCUUUGGUUGAUUCGCCCGGCAGUGCCCUACAAUCAUAUGACCGGGGCUCUCCCGUUCACGAUGCUUGGGGAACACUCCCGGGCCCGUCGGAUUGCAGUGGAAACUUUCCCGCUGCCUGAACUGAUGGCCGAGGAGUUCCGGGAACCCGCCAGUGGUCACUAUAAGGGCUGGGCACCAACGUUGGAUGACCAUGGUAACACCGGAUAUGGCAACCAGAAGCCAUUCUGGGCACAGGGUCCUCUACCUGCAGCUUUUGAAAGAUGGAUGGUGAGUCCCGAAGCAGAAUUAGGGAACGAACUUGCAACAAACGAAAGUGUACCCGCGACAAACAUCAAACAUAAUCCCGAAAGCCAGAACAAAACGGCUGAGCCACGACACUAUUUCUAUAACCCCUCUCAGGAUCCUAUGAGAAUAUCGAAUUUGGACUUGGAACCGUUAGCCCCUCUGCAGGAAGCUCUGAAGGAUCAUGCUAUUCCAAUCAACCAUAUCGUCUUCGUCUUUUUGGAAAGCGGAAGGAAAGAUCUCUUCCCUCUUAAGAACACAUCUCGGCUGUACAGUCAAAUUCGCGAUACUUAUGAGAUCUACGGAGAAGAAGACGAGGCAGAUCUGCACGACAAGCUAUCCCAGAUAACGCCCAUAGCAGAAAUGCUAACAGGCGAAGAAUCCGGCUUUGGCAUGUCUGCCGAUUCUACAAACCCAGGACUGGGUGGUCUUAGCUUUGAUGGGAUUUUGUCAGGGAGCAGUCUCUCUGCUAAAUCCCGUCUUGUCAACUACUGCGGCCUUGGUCCAUUGCCAGUGGAUUUCAUGCAUGAGAAUGAUAUUAUUCCGUAUCAACCGUGUUUGAUGCACAUUUUGGAUCUAUUUAACAAGCGCAAGGGUCUUGCGCCGUCGGAAAAUUCAACCAGUGACCCUCUUGAGCGGGAGUGGGAGGCCAUUUAUGCCCAGUCGGUCACUGGAGAGUUCCAGGAACAGACUCGACUGAUUGAUUUACUUGGUUUCAAUCAGUCCUUGUAUUCCGAGGAUAUUGACAUGGAAAAUUCGACAUACUUCCACGAGGGAAUGGAGAAGAUCAAUUACUUUGGUUAUGCUGAGACAGAAGCUCGUCCCUAUAUCAAGGACAUGAUCGAUGAAACACUUCGGCAAAACAAACGACUCUUCCUUUCCCACUUUACUAGCACCACCCACCACCCUUGGGGUACACCCGAAGGGUUCACUCGCGAAGAAUACUUUGGGGAAAAUCACAAAUCCCAACAUGAGCAUAUGGACGGUUUCCUGAACGCGAAUCGCUUUGUCGACACCUGGCUAGGCGAUCUGAUGAAAUUGCUCAAAGACGCCGGCAUCGCCGACGAGACCUUGACAGUUUUCGUCGGAGACCACGGCCAAGCCUUCAGCGAAGACUGUCCCACAACAGGAACCUACCACAACCCACACAUCAGCAACUUCCGAGUCCCAUUACUCUUCCACCACCCCCUCCUCCCCCGCAUGCAUCUCAAUGUCAACGGAAGCGCCAUCUCCAUCCUCCCCACCAUCCUCGACCUUCUCAUCAACACCAACUCCCUAAACCAAGAUGACACCGAAAUCGCCCUCGAUCUCAUAAACGAAUACGAAGGCCAAUCUCUCAUCCGCCCCUACCGCACUUCCCACAACGGCCGCGAAGCAUGGAACAUGGGCGUCAUUAAUGCAGGCGGCUCAAUGCUGAGCGUUGGCUCUGCUGCCGUGCCCUGGCGUCUGAGCCUCCCUCUCAACAAUGACUUCGAGUACCGUUUUACGCACCUAGAUAAAGAUCCGUAUGAGCUUGACCCUAUCACGGGCUGGACUAUGAGUGCGCUUGCUGCGGAGGUGCAUUCGAGACAUGGACCUGAGGCAUUUGAGUGGGCUCAGAAGGCGGAGAAGGUUGGCCUUUGGUGGGUUAUGGAGAGGAAGAAACUUUGGAAUUAUCGUGAUCCUGCAUGA